UUGAAAUCAUUACAGACUGCUCAUUUAAAAGAUUACAUACCAAAAGCUUUCCCUCAUGGCAAUAAUUUAAUGCUGGAUUGUGAAAUUUUGCUGGUGGACAAUGAUAGCAAACCUUUACCAUUUGGAACUCUUGGAGCUCAUAGAAAAGCUGAGUUUAAGGAUGCUUGUGUUUGUCUUUUUGUUUUCGAUUGCUUGCAGUUUAACGAUCAAAAUUUAAUGCAAACGCCCCUAGUAGAAAGGAGAAAAAUUCUCAAAGAAAAUAUGAAGCCUGUGAAAAAUCGAGUAAUGUUCUCUGAAAUGAAAGAGAUAGAUGUAAGUUUUGCAUUUUGUUCCUUCUUUUGCGUUCAUUCUUUGCAUAUUUAUCUGGUAUAGUUGAAUUUUGCAUUGAAAUCUAAAUGUAAAUGUAAGAAG